ACUCGUGGUUAAUAUGUUGGGAAAUCUGAAGAUUUAUUGUCAGUUCAAAGACAAGGGUUGUGAUCAAGUAAUACAACUUGAAUACCACGACAACCACAUCACGUCCUGUCCAUUCAAUAAGCAUACCUGUGCCAAAUGCCAGUGCGAAUCAUCCGUUGAUGGUCACAAUUGUGUGGAAAGUCUACUCAAACUGAAUAAAGUACUCAAAGACGAUGUCGAUUCAGCUCUCAUUGCAAAUCAUCUAACAGAUUACCAGAUGAUUGUGGAGUCGAGGCAGUACUGUGCGGCACCGGUAGUCAGCCAUAGACACACAUCGGAACCAAUGAGGAAUCAAAUCGUGUCGAUAGUGAAGAAUGCAUUGAAUUUUGAGCAAAACUUUUUCGAUUUAUGCAAAUCU